GUAGGUGUUAAUGUUCCCGGAGGAGGGCUGGGCUCGCAGCGCGUCCUCUUCCUACUGGACGCUGCAGCCGUGCUGGUGGCGCCGGUCACGUUGCAAGGUUGUCGAGGUCGCAGGAACCAGGAGGCACAGCACUCACGCCCGUAUGGUGAUCAGCGGCGCUAACGCAGUCUACAUCGUUGGCACUUUCAAACAUAUGGGGGUUGAUGCCGACUUUAAGUUGUAUCUGACGACGAACGUGACGCAGGCUGACUUCAACAUGGGGUACACCAUGACAGGCACCCUGGAGCGUGGCUCCCGAACCUCGAACACCUUCCAAAUGACGCACUUUGCCGUCCUACGCCGCUGCGAUCAUGAUGCGCAUCAUCUUAAGAAUGCCUAG